AUGUCGUUCCUUCGUCAAGCCACCGGCGUUCUCCGUCAGACCCGGGUCAGCCCCCUAUUCAGCACGAGCAGCGCCUCGUCGCUCCGCACCGCCGUCCCGCUGGCCACGUCGGCGCGGCUGCUCUCGACCGAGGCGCGCAAGCUGAUCGACGACGCCGUCAAGUCGAACCCGCUCGUCGUCUUCAUGAAGGGCACGCCCGACGCGCCCAUGUGCGGCUUCAGCAGGGCCGUCGUCCAGAUCCUCGAGGUGCAGGGCGUCAAGCCCGAGACGCUCCGGGCCUUCAACUGCCUCGAAGACCAGGAACUGCGCGAGGGCAUCAAGGAGUACAGCGAGUGGCCCACGAUCCCGCAGGUCUACGUCGGCGGCGAGUUUGUCGGCGGCUGCGACAUCAUGCUCAACAUGCACCAGUCUGGCGAGCUCGAAGAGCUGCUCCUCAAGCACGACCUCCUUCUCCCCCUCCAGCAGGACGGAGCCGAGGCACCCAAGGCCUGA